UGUGCCGGGCGGUGCGCAAAACGUAACGCACGCGUAACGCAGGGUAGUGGUUGAACACGCACAGCAUGAUGUUUCCGUGGUCCUGGAAGAUGCAAAGAAAGUGAAUUCGGGCAAAAAAAAAAUAACGAGUAAAUGCGUGGAUUCCGAUACAACGUGUUUACGCGCAUACGCACGUAGUAGAUAUACGCGCGCAUUACGUAUUCCCGGGAUGACGAUGCUAUUGUCAAGAAGCAAUCGUCGACGGCAUCCUUGAACACGUUUGUCGGAGCACUCUGUUUCGAUUCUGGAGCCAACGACGGAACGUAAGAUUGUGAUCGAUGUUGCUUGAUUAGAUUUAUCGCGAGGAUUUCUCUUUUUUUCAAUGCUCCUGACGGAAUAUCCCUUCAAACAAUUAAUAUAGAGUGAUAUGUUAACCGAAGACAAUGAUCCGACAAAACCAGCAGGGGUUUUAGACAAUGCUGGCAACGUGUCUUCCUCGACAGAAGCCUCGGUACAGCAUCCUCGCGCCGCAAACAAUGAGACCGAAGUUAAGAACGAAGUGCAAGACUGUCCUGAAAAUGAUAGCGUACCUGGUGGUGAACUGUAUAUUGAUGAGAAUGCCGAAGAAAAGGAACAGGAGUAUCCAGAUUCGAUGGAAAAAGCAGAUUACGGAUCCCUAUAUGGCGCCAACCAAUAUUAUAACAGCCUGUAUAACUCGCCACCUUACGGAUCAACGACAGCUUCGAAAAACGCAUCGAGUUUGCAGAGCUCAUACUUAAGCUCUUAUACAUCGUCAGGCUCGAUGACGCAGUAUCCGUCCUAUGCCAGUUACAAUAGCGGGACAACGACCUUCCCGAAUAUGGCACAAAAUAUAUCAUCGGCUUCCCAGAAAUUAGAUUAUAGCGCUUACAGCAGUAGUUUGUACGGAAACGACAGGGUACCGCUCCAGUAUUCCGGAUAUUAUCCUAUGCCCGGUUAUCAUGCGCCGCCUACUUCAUUCAAUAUCGGAAACAUCAACUUCGCUGAUUCGACCAAGUCGCUCACGUUGGAUGCAACGACGCACGAUGCAAGCGAUCUGACUGCACGGGAAACCACAAACAUUGAAGUGGCAACGACGAAGCCAUGCAGGCGCGGAAGGAGACAGAGCGGAAGCGGAAACAGUAUCGGUUCCGCGGAUACGACGGAAGCCGGCCCCGAGCGUAUAUUUAUUUGGGACCUCGACGAAACCAUAGUCGUGUUUCAUUCCCUGCUAACCGGACAAUUCGCCACUAAAUAUCGUAAGGAUACAAGCCUUCUAGCUCAAGUGGGGUUCAGGAUGGAAGAGAUGAUAUUCAAUUUGGCGGAUACGCACUUUUUCUUCAAUGAUGUCGAGGACUGUGAUCAAGUGCAUAUAGAUGAUGUUUCGUCGGAUGACAAUGGACAGGAUCUGUCAUCCUACAAUUUCGCGACCGACGGUUUCCAGUGCGCGUCUGCGAACAAUGGCAUAUGCCUGGCAUCCGGUGUGCGAGGAGGCGUCGAUUGGAUGAGAAAGUUAGCAUUCCGCUAUCGUAAAAUCAAGGAAAUCUAUUGUAAUUAUCGGAAUAACGUGGGUGGCCUUUUGGGGACAGCCAAGCGCGAACAGUGGCUACAACUGCGUUCCGAGAUCGAAAUGUUGACCGAUAACUGGUUAACAUCGGCAGUAAAGUGUCUGAACAUUAUCAACAAGAGAAGCCAUUGCAUUAAUAUUCUAGUAACGACUACGCAGCUGGUACCCGCACUCUCCAAAGUUCUACUAUUCGGCAUCGGCGGAAUAUUUCCUAUAGAGAAUAUAUACUCUGCUUCCAAAAUCGGAAAGGAGAGUUGUUUCGGUAGAGUAGUUGCCCGAUUUGGCCGUAGAUGUACGUAUGUGGUAAUAGGAGACGAUUCUGACGAGGAAACAGCAGCGCGGGCACACAACUUUCCCUUUUGGAGGAUAAAUAGUCACUCAGACAUUCAAGCCCUCUAUACUGCCUUAGAAAUGGGAUUUCUUUAAUCAAAAGUAUAUAUGAAAAUCAGUCUCUACCAGGAAACAUUUCGGUCGUAUGAAAAAUUGCAUGACGUGUAUUUCUGUGCGAGUUACAAGAAAAACUAACGAAAAAGCUAUGCUUAACCAGGGAAUGGAAGAGUUACUAUUCCGUUACUUUUUCCAUUCUUUUUUAUAAUAACAAUUUGAUGAUGACUUUGCAAUUUUUUAUGGCUAUAAUGAUAACUAAGUAAACACUAAGAACUGCGCUAAAGUUGGGAAAGUUAUUUUGAAAAGUAACUUGCAUCAUUACGCAUUUAC